CGCGCACAGCUUCCCUAAGCUCAGGAACGCGCGCAAGGCCUGGUUUCAUCCACACCAGCCCACGUUACCGAGGCAGAAAGAAGCUACCGGAAACCGCCCUGUGCAUCAAUUGCACUGUUCGGCCAUCCGACUUCUGAAGCGGGCUGACAACUGCAUCUCCCUGUCUGGCUCAUUAGCCAUGGCCACCCCAGAUGUCAGUAUGCACGUGGAGGAAGUGGUGGUAGUUACCACUCCAGACAACAUCAUGGAUAGCAGUGGUAUGGAGGAAGUUAAAGCUGUGCUGGUGACAACUAACCGGAGCCUUGCUGAAGAAGCUUUGGAGUCAGAAAAUGUGGCUGCUGCAGCUGCCGCCGCUUUUAAUGCAUCCACCGAGCUGAAGGAAGCAGUGCUAGGUAUGGAAAUGAAGAUGGAGGAAGAGGAGAGUCUUGAAGGUCUGGAAGGUCUGGAAGCUGAACUUGUUUAUCCCAUCACCUGUGGGGAGAGCAAGGCCAACCUGAUCUGGAGGAAGUUUGUGUGCCCAGGCAUCAAUGUCAAAUGUGUGCAGUACAAUGAACAUCUGCUGAGCCCCAAAGAGUUUGUCCACUUAGCUGGCAAAUCUACAUUAAAGGAUUGGAAGAGAGCAAUUCGGAUGAAUGGAGUCAUGCUCAGGAAGAUUAUGGAUUCAGGGGAGCUGGAUUUUUAUCAGCACUCUAAAGUGUGUUCCAACACUUGUCGAAGCACCAAAAUUGACCUGACAGGAAGCCGUGUAUCACUCUGCAGCCAGACAUCCACUGAGUAUAUUCCUAUCACUCCAGCUUCCACUGAAUUGAAUGGGAACCCAACAACUAUCACUAUAGAAACUUGCGAGAGCACUGGGGACUGGACUGGCACUAUUGCAGAUGACACCUUGAUUUUCUGGCAAAGCCUUAAGGAAGCUGGCCUUUUGGAGGAUGUUAUUCAGGAGUUCCACCAGGAGCUGCUGGAAACCAUGAUGGGUCUGAAAGAUCGUCUCCAAACACCACCUAUACAGCUCCAUGAUGCUGUAUUGCUCAACAACAUUGUUCAAAACUUUGGCAUGUUGGAUCUAAUAAAGAAAGUAUUGGCCAGUCACAAAAGCCAAAUGGAUCGAUCCAGAGAGCAGUAUACCAGGGAUUUAGCGGCACUUGAGCAGCAAUGCGAUGAGCACAGGAGACGUGCCAAGGAGCUCAAACACAAAUCUCAACAUCUUAACAAUGUGUUGAUGACCCUAACACCUGUAAGUGUCCCUACUCCAACAAAACGACCAAGACUAACUCGAGCCACUUCAGGUCCUGCUGCUAUCAACUCACAGGUCAAUACACAGACAGCACAGAUCACCCUGCCACAAGGAAUGACAAUUUCCCAGCUCUCCAGCCUUCCCUUCACCAAAGUAAUUUCCACAAGUGUCCCCUCUUCUUCUACAAAUGUGUUGUCCAAGAACACAUAUUCUCAGGCCAACAACUCCCCACCAUCUCCUGUGUUAGGAGGUUACACUAUUCUCACCCCUUCAAGCAGUGGUUACCCCAGCACACUGGAAAUCCAUCCUGAUUCUUCUAAUCUAACUGUAUUGAGCACUGCAGCUAUGCAGGACAGCAAUACUGUACUUAAAGUUAUGAGCCCUAUCCAGCUCCUUACCCUACAAGGCCUUGGUGCUACCAUACAGAAUCUGGCUCAGAUGGCACCAGCUGGCAGCACUUUUGUAGCCAUGCCUUGUGGCACAGGAGAAGGGGAGGAUGAACAGACCACAUUUGAGGUGACGUCACUUACAGAGGAACAGGAGCAGAAAUAGACUGUUGACCCAAGGACUAGGGAAUUGAACAUAGCGAGAAAAGACUGAAUGUGGCUUACCACUGGAAGCUGAUGAACCAAAGAGGGACAGUAUAACAAGAAAGCUUCUGCUGUGGUGGACUGACCAGCCACACAUGACUACAAUGGGUGUGUUAAUCAUUAGUAGGUGGUGCCACUGUGUGUGUUUAGAAUUCCCAGUGGCUAAAAACACUAUAGCCCAAGUAGUAGAAUGAUCUUAUAACUGAGCCUCUGCCUUCUAAAAAAAAACAAUUUUGUACAUUGUGUAUCAGGUUAACUUGCACUAAAGAAAGAUAAAAGCAAACCUGAUAAAUGCCAGUCUAUAGUGUUCUGAUAUUAAAUGCAUGUUCAAUGACUGGCUCAGUUAUGUCAUAUAAUUUAGGGAGUGAAGGAAGCAGGUAUAGUGCACAAGUAAAAAGUGAACAGGAGGCUACCUUUUUUUUUAUUUUCAAACUAUACAUAUAAUGGGACGCACUUUUUUUCCAGCAAUGUCCUCUUUGUCCGAGGGCUCCGAUAUUGUGGAUACAUAAGCCAUUGAGUAUUAAUAGCUGGAAGGUUAAUGUAAUUUAUUAUUUCCAUGGAGGCCCUAAUGAUAACUUCAAUAAGGUUCCUACUAGUGGCCAGUAAGAGAGGUAAGAAAUGUUCAUUGUAGACACAGGUAUAUGCAAUAUCUUUUAUCCUGAAUAAUUAUUUUGUUUAUUUUUAUGUGGGGUUGUAUUAGGUUUCUGAGCAAGAUACCAGCAAUAGCUUAAGCCCUCCAAAUAGAGAGAGUAUCAAUCAAGGAUGAACCAGAGGUGUGGGGUACUGUCGGUAGUUUAGCGUCCAGUGAGGAAUAAGGAAGUAUGGAGCAGAAUGUGAAAAGCAGAGAAAGCGGAAUAAAAUUGAAGUUUUGAAGACUAUGGACAAAUAACAAGCAGAGCAUCUAGGUUCCCAGAUAACUAUAACAAUCUGAUUGGCAGUUGGAAUGGAAGGCAGGGGCUCAGUUUGAAUAUUUUUUUUUUUUUUUUGCUAAAGGGCAUAUUGCCUUGCUAAGUCUCAUUUUAGCAGGAGCAUGUUUUCUGUCUUAAGCCAAUAACCUGCCCCAAUUAUUAGUUACCACUGCCAAGAGUUACAACAGCAUGUUAUUGUUUAUGAGGGCAUGUAGAGACUGGUUAAACCACUGGAGUGUGCAGCAACAAAAAUGUUUUUUAUCAACUACUAUCGAUGAACAGGAAUUCAAAUUUAUUCGUACAGCAGAUCUGCACAGAAAUGGAUCUACUUAUGAGGCAUGAUCUUCAACUAUUAGCAGUGCUGAUCAGUGUUUCAUAAUGCUCCCAAACUUGCUCCAUGUGUGAUCAUUUCCAGAUAUGUAAACCCACCAUGCCCUCAGAAAGAAAAGCAAAAUGAGUUGGGUGUAGGAACAAUAAAAGAGCAACACCACACA